GGUUUGUACCUACUUUGUUAUUACUUAUUAGAAAUAUUAUUAAUUUUUGUAACUCGUUUUAAGUUUAAAGAUAACUUAUAUCUAUUGAGUAAUGAUAUUUAACGUAUGCCACAGACAAAAAUUUUAAUUAUUAUCGCAGAAAUUAAUAAGCGAAUCUUAUGGUGGUUUUAACCAAGCGAUAUUUCUUAGUUCAGCCGUAUAUGAUAUUUUGAAGACAAUUUUACCAAUAUGAGUCGCACUGAUAUUAGAAAAAAGAAGUAUAGCGGUGGUCAAAGUAACUAUUCAAUUAUGGAUACUGAAAACUUUGAACCCCCCCAACAAGCAUCUACACCGGCAAAGAGUCUUAGAAGAAGCUCAAGAAAAGCAUUACAGCCACUGAAUGAUAGCAUUUUAAAUAUAAGCGCUAUAAAGAAACAAGACUCUGAGGAAUCAAAACCAUAUAAAAUGUUGGCAGUGAUAAAUGAAAGUUAUGAGUAUAACCGUAUGCCAGAACUAUUUUGCAGUGAUCCAGAAGAUGAAACAGUUGACACAGAAAAUGUCUCAGUAGCUACCACAAACGAUUCUGAUGAUAAAUGGACCACUUUGUCUGAUGCAUCGGAAAAUAAUUGCACUAACAUUACUGAUAUAAUGGCCGAAAUUGAUGCUGACGUAAUGGUAAGAUUUGAAAAAGCGCCAAGGCGAUCUUAUCCAGGAAGAAAAAGAAAUAACAAAAGUUUAUAUGAAAAUUAUGAAGAAAAUGAGGAAGAAGAAAAUAUACAGGCUAAAGCAGUAAAAAAAGAUAAAAAACCUAAAAAUAAGAAAAAAGAUCCUCAAGAAGAGGAAUUUAUUCGUUCAAUAAAUGAACAUUUUAAUGAGGUAGAGAAUUUUGGGUUGGCUGUAGAAUAAAACAGUGACUUUUAUAUUUCUCAUUUAUUAUUUUUUUUUUUUAAGUAUCCUAUUUUUUUCUUUGUGUAUCCUUUGGAUUUUUGAACAAAUUGUAUUUUACUUUUAUAUAAUAUAUACUAAUAUGUUUCCAUGUACUCACAUUAUGUAUUGUAUCUUCUAUUUUAA